AAAAGAACCACCGUCGACCCUCCGCGAUCGCGGCCAUCGUUUCUCUCCAUCGCCAUGGGGAGCGAUGACCCUUGGCUGACGACAGGCAUCGACCCUUGGAGCGCCGGCCGAGUCUCCAAGAACGGCGUCGCGGCGGCGACGACGACCACGAGCACGGGUCCGGCACCCCGUGCGAGCACCCCACCACCCAGCGACUCAGAGGAGAGUCCCAGCGCAGCGAAAGCGGGUCCUCCCAGUUCUUGGAUCAAUGGAAGCGCCAAUGGGAUCGGCCACGCGCCCAAGCCCAAGCACCCCCCGGCCUCCUUGAAGCCGCAAGCCUUCCAAGCACCGCCCCCAAGUGGGCCGGCCGUGCCAAGCGGGCCGGCAGGGCCCGCUCCACAUGGCCCACCUGUGGCGAAAGUGGCACCCGCAGUUACAAGCACAAAUGCACGGAGUGAGGGCGAAGGCAAAGCAAGCACGUGCUUGUUGCAGGUGCCACACAGCGGGUUUGCCGACGCAAAAGACCCGGACUUGAAGAAGGUGAGCCAAGGUACGCCCAAGUCGCGGACCUUCCACAUCCAAAUCUACAAAGACUCUCCGGACGAGCGCUUAGGCCUUAGGACCGAAGUGGUGGAUGGAGUGGGCUGUGGCUCCGCUGGGCGGGUGCACCGCAUCUUCCACGGAGGGUUGAUUGAGGAGUGGAAUCGGAUGGCCGUGGCUUGCGGCAUGCCGGACUGGGAGGUGGAAGUGAAUGAUGUCAUCAUUGGUGUAAAUGGACGAAUGGAGUAUCAUCCGGAUGACUUUGAAGUUCGCACUGCCACAGAUUUGGACCUGCUGAUCAUGAGGGGUCCGCCGGUGAAGAACACCUGAGGGCCGGACCUGCGGACCCGCGAUUUUGAGGGCUGGACCUGCUGGUUGGCAAGCGCCAGACCAUCCCUGGGUCCAUGACCCAUAUUGCGGACCCGACGAGGCCCAUCUGGUUCGCCCCCAAAACGGUGCUGAACGCGCCAGACAGCGCGAAACCUUCGUGCAGCAGCUGUGGGCGCUGUGCAAAAGUGACCAAAA